UAAACUGCUGCUGUGAUUAUUAUAUGACAUGUGGGUGUGUGUUGUGAGCUGCAUCAGAGUGGAACGGUGCAGCUGCCAACCAUUGCCCCUCUUUCCACUGCACUGUACUGUAGCUAUAGCUAGCUGUAGUACUGAGCUGUGUGGCAAGGAGUAAAAGUCAUGGCACAAAGCGGAGAUGACGCCGCCGCGGUGGAAAUGGUACCUGUAACCGACAGACAAAACGAUGUAAAAGAGAAAAAAAAGAAUUCACCAGAGGACCUAAAAAGCGAACUACAAAUGGAUGAGCACCUCAUUCCAUUGGAGGAGCUGUACUCAAGGCUGGAAACAAAUCCAUCCCAGGGACUUUCCAGCAAGCUAGCGGAGGAGAAGCUGAAGAGAGAUGGGCCAAAUGCCCUCACACCACCGAAACAAACUUCUGAGAUAGUCAAGUUUCUUCUCCAGUUAUUUGGUGGGUUUUCUGCUCUUCUUUGGCUGGGCACCUUCCUCUGCUUGCUGGCAUACACUAUCGAGGAGGUAGACACUCCUGGAGGCUCCAUGGACAACCUUUACCUGGGGAUUGUCCUUUUCCUUGUAGUCGUUAUCACUGCAUGCUUCUCCUACUAUCAAGAAGCCAAGAGCGCCAGCAUCUUGAAGAGUUUUUCCAAGCUUGUACCUCAGGACACUGUUGUUUUGCGUGAUGGAGAGUUUGGGCCAAUCUCUGUGGAGAAGCUGGUGAUUGGAGACAUUGUCUCUGUCAAGUUUGGAGACAGGCUACCGGCAGAUAUCAGAAUCAUCACCAGUGCUGGUUUCAAGGUGGACAACAGCUCUCUGACUGGAGAGUCUGAACCCCAAGCACGCUCCCCAAACUGUACCAGUCAACAACCUCUAGAGACUAACAACAUUGCUUUUUUCUCAUCUAGCGCACUGGAGGGUACUUGCACUGGAGUGGUGAUACACACUGGCGAUCACACAGUCAUGGGGAGAAUUGCUCGCUUGACUGGAAGUAUCGUCGAAGAAAAAACUCCCAUAGCGAUUGAGAUCUCUUACUUCAUCCACCUCAUCACGUCUGUGGCGGUGGCCCUUGGUGUAGGAAGUCUGGCCAUUUGUCUGGGCCUGGGUUACCACUGGCUCCAGGCUGUACUCUACUUCAUCAGUAUGCUCGUGGCCAACGUCCCAGAGGGACUCCUCGCCACUGUCACGGUGUGUCUGACCCUGACUGCUCAGAGAAUGAAGACCAAGAAUUGUUUAGUGCGUAAGCUGGAGGCUGUUGAGACACUGGGCUCCACUUCAGUCAUCUGCUCUGAUAAGACGGGCACUCUCACUCAAAACAGAAUGACUGUCGCUCACAUGUGGUAUGCUAAUGAGAUUUACGAGUCCAACACAAACGAAGACAUCCACCAUCCUGAAAGAACACUUCGGGCCUCGAGCAAGGGCUGGGAUGCUCUGUCCAGAGUGGCUGGUCUCUGCAAUAGAGCCACCUUCAACACCAACCAGGGCCACAUCAAGGUGUUGGAUAGGAUUUGCAAUGGUGAUGCAUCAGAGUCUGCACUGCUCAAGUGUUUUGAGCUUGAAGUCGGUUCUAUUGAAAAGUACAGAGAGAAGCAUCCGAAAAUCUGUGAAAUUCCCUUUAAUUCCACUAACAAAUACCAACUAUCUAUUCACGAGCGUGCCGAUGGUGAUGAGUAUAUAUUGGUCAUAAAAGGUGCUCCAGAGAGAAUUCUUGAAAACUGCUCUCGAUAUCUGACCUCUAACGGAACGGAGGAGCCCAUAUCAGAAGAGUUUAGACAAGCAUUCAACAAGACAUACUUGGAUCUGGGAGGUGUAGGAGAGAGAGUCCUGGGGUUUGCACAUCAGAUAUUGGACACUAGCAACUACCCUAAAGGCUACGAGUUUGAUACUGACAAGAUGAAUUUCCCCUCAAAUGACUUAUGCUUUGUGGGCCUCAUGUCACUGCUGGACCCACCUCGCUCCAAUGUACCUGAGGCUGUGUUCAAGUGCAGGACUGCCGGCAUCAAGGUGAUAAUGGUGACUGGAGAUCAUCCCAUUACCGCUAAGGCUAUAGCCAGGAUGGUGGGAAUUAUCAGUCGAGGCAACAAGACAGCAGAUGAACUUGCACAGGAACAAGGCUUCACCGUUUUUUCUCAGGAAAUUAGGCAAUCUGCUGAAGCUAUAGUAGUGAGUGGAACUGAAUUGCUGGAUAUGAGUGAUGACGAUUUGGACGUAAUUCUAACAUCGUAUCGAGAGAUAGUGUUUGCCCGGACCUCCCCCACUCAGAAGCUACGGAUUGUUGAGGGAUGCCGUCGUGCUGACUGGGUGGUGGCAGUCACUGGUGACGGUGUCAAUGAUGCACCUGCUCUGAGGAGAGCCAAUAUUGGAGUGGCCAUGGGUAUCACUGGCUCUGAUGUGUCCAAGCAAGCUGCUGAUAUGAUCCUUCUUGAUGACAACUUUGCAUCCAUUGUGACUGGUGUAGAGGAAGGUCGACUGAUUUUCGAUAACCUGAAGAAGUCCAUUGCUUACACACUGACGUCCAACAUACCUGAGAUAACUCCCUUCUUGCUGUUCAUUAUUGCCUCUGUUCCACUGCCUCUAGGGGUCAUCACAAUCCUCUUCAUCGACCUCGGCACUGACCUGGUACCUGCCAUAUCUCUGGCAUAUGAAGAACCAGAAAGUAACAUCAUGGAUAGGAAACCACGCGACUCUAAACGAGAUAAGCUCGUCAAUUCUCGACUCAUCGGUAUAGCCUAUGGUCAGAUUGGAGUCAUGCAAGCUUUGGCGGGCUUUUUCUGUUACUUUGUGAUCAUGGGAGAGAAUGGAUUCCUACCAUCCACUCUUAUUGGGCUCAGGGCCAGCUGGGACAAUCCUGUUGCCCAUGUGGAGGACAGCUAUGGACAGGAAUGGACAUUCGAGGCUCGCAAACGAUUGGAGCAAACUUGUCACACUGGGUUCUUCAUCAGCAUUGUCAUAGUCCAGUGGGCAGACCUCCUUAUCUGUAAGACCAGGCUCAACUCUAUCUUCCAACAGGGCAUGAAGAAUUACUAUCUCAUCUUUGGUCUACUGUCGGAAACUUGUCUUGCUGUCUUCUUGGCUUACUGUCCUGUGAUAAAUGGCGUGUUUCGUCUGCAUGGGCUGAGGCUGGAGUGGAUGUGUGCCGCUGUUGGAUUCAGUCUCAUGAUAUUUGUGUAUGACGAGCUCAGAAAGCUAAUCAUACGAAGGUACCCUGGAGGUUGGGUAGAAAAAGAGACCUACUUCUGAGUGUGCGGACCUAUCAGUCCCGAGGCCUAUAUCGUGCCCCUAUACAGCCUUCAGUAUUCUAUUCAGCAGAUGCUAACCACCUAUUGUCAAGUAACUCAUUUUACAAUUCAGAAAACUUUAUGGCUAUGUACUAGUGUAUAAUGGUAUGUGUUAUUCCUUAUGUGCUAUUAUCAAACUAGAAAGGGUAUUAUGAUUAG